AUGGUUCAGAUUAUUAAAGACAUGGAUGAAUUAAAAACAUUUUUGAAAGCUGCCGGAUGCAAACUUGUGGUGGUUGAAUUUUCAGCAAAAUGGUGUGGUCCUUGCCAAAGGAUAUAUCCUCUUGUUCAUGCAAUGUCUCUGAAAUACCAAAAUGUAAUGUUUGCUAAUGUGGAUGUGGAUGCUUCUCAGGAGUUGGCCCAAAUUUAUCACGUCAAAGCAGUACCCACAUUUCAGAUGUUCAAGCAGACCCAGAAGAUUUUUGAAUUUUGUGGAGCUGAUGCUCAAAAAUUGGAAGCGAAGAUUCAAGAACUAAUGUAA